AUGACGUCAACUGCCACUAUUGUUGACCCAAAAAGCCAUUGUAGUGCCAAUGCUGAGCUUUAUCGCGAUGCCACUGGUGUGCGCUGGAGUUUCAUGCUGAAUCUGACCGACAUUUCAUACGGUGUGUACGGCAACAAUAAGUUUUACAUGGGACAGCUCAUUGUCGACCACGGAGUCUUUGUGGUAUUCCGCAAAUGGGGACGAGUCGGUGCCAAGUCACCGCAGUCGCAGACGGAGCGCUUUGACACUUUAGAGAAUGCCGAGCGAGCUUUUCAAAAGGUUUUCCAGGCCAAGACCGGUAACAAGUGGCCACUUACAACGCCGUUUAUCCGCAAAAAAGGCAAAUACUUUCUUGUCGAGCUCGACGAUGAAGAAGCGGAAAGAACCGUGGCUGAUGUUGGAAAAAAAGUGGAGGUGAAGAAAGAGCUCGUGGCGUCCAAGCUGCCAAAGGAAGUUCAAAACAUGGUCCAGCUUAUCUGCGAUCCAGAGGUAGUUACGCGAGAAAUGGCCAGCUUGAAUGUGGAUCUGAAGCGCUUCCCGCUUGGCAAGUUGUCGAAAACUCAAAUCUCGCAGGGCUACAAUAUUCUGCAACGUCUUUCUGCUACCCUGGAAGCGAUCGAAGAGUUGACAAGAACGCCUGCUGUGCCGGCCAAGGCGGCGAAAGCCGGCUCGAAGAGUAGACGAAAAGGAAAAGCCAAGGCCAAGGGACCAGUUGCAGCUACAAACCGAAGCCUGUCUAGCAUUCGAGGAGAUCUCAAAGCACUGUCUAGCGAAUUUUACUCGCUCAUUCCGCACGACUUUGGACGUUCACUGCCACCGGUGAUCGAGACGAUGACAGAUCUCAAGCUGAAGCUUGAAUUGCUUGAAGUAUUGUCGAAUCUGGAGAUAUCGCAGAUGUUACAGAAAGAAGAAGCGAACAAGUUGACGGGACCUGCGGUUCAUCCACUUGACACUCAUUACAAUAUGUUGAACACGAAGAUGAAGCCACUGAGCAAGCGUGGAAAGGAGUUCAAGAUAAUUGAAAAGUUCAUCAACAAGACGAACGGUGGGUCCAAGUUGAGUAUUAAUACCAUACUCAAGAUCGCUCGACCGGAAGAAGACACUCACAAGGAUGUGCUUGGAUCUAUUGACAACCACAAGCUGUUGUGGCACGGCUCUCGCCUGUCAAAUUUCGUUGGCAUUCUGUCGCAAGGACUGCGAAUUGCUCCGCCUGAAGCUCCCCGGAAUGGAUACCAGUUCGGCAAAGGGCUGUAUUUUGCCGAUGCCUUGGCAAAAUCUGCAAACUAUUGCUGCGCGACAUCCCGAAAUCCCACCGCAGUACUUCUACUCGCCGACGUCGCUCUGGGCACGCCGUACCAGAUCCCGACGGGAGAGUUUCUGGACUACAAGAUGGUAAAGGACCAGCACGGGUGCGAUAGUACGCACGGUCUCGGACGCAUGGCACCAGCAGAGAACGAGUUUGAGACUCUUCCGGACGGAGUAGUGGUGCCAGCCGGCACACUGAAACCUGUCGACGGUCACCAACAUUUGCUCUACAACGAGUUUAUCGUGUAUCGCCGUGAACAAGUUCAACUGCGGUACCUUGACACGGAUGGUAUUGCAUGGAGUUUCAUGCUCAAUUACACUAACAUUUCAUUCGGGACGUACGGCAACAAUAAAUUUUACAUGGUGCAGUUGAUCCAGAAUGGCGCUGAUUACAUGGUCUUUCGCAAAUGGGGACGCGUCGGUACCAAGAACCCACAGCGAGCUCUGGAGCGCUACAAUACGUCGUUAGAGAAGGCACAGGCCUCCUUUAUGAAGAAGUUCCUGGACAAAAGCGGCAAUGAAUGGCCAUUGACUGAACCCUUUAAGAGAGUAGAGGGCAAGUACGUGCUCGUUGAACUCGAUGAAGAAGUACAGGAAGAAGAGAAGGAUGAGGUCAUGAGUGAAGCUGAAAAGGAAGAAGAGGUGGCGUCGACUCUUGCCGAAACUGUUCAAAACGUUUUGAAACUUAUUUGUGAUGCUAAUGUGAUAGCCCGAGAAGUAGCAAGCAUGAACCUUGAUUUGAAGCGACUUCCAUUAGGCAAGCUCUCGAAAACUCAAAUUCGGCAGGGGUAUGCAAUACUGCAACAACUAUCAGCAGCAGUCAAGGAGAUUGACGAGCUGAGAAAGACUGCUGCAGAUUCGCAAGAGACGGCUUCCGAAAGACCAGUUGCAACUCGUCGAUCCACUCGAGUGAAGCGAACGACCAAUUCGCACCUUGUCCAGCUCCGUCGCCUGAACAACAGUCUGAAGACUCUCUCCAGCGAUUUCUAUACACUAAUCCCGCACGAUUUCGGUCGAGGUUUGCCAACCUCGAUUGAUUCCUUGGACAAAGUAAAACUGAAAAUCGACUUGCUCGAAGUGCUGGCGAACUUAGAGAUCUCACAAGAACUGGAAGCAGAAAAGAAGAAGAACGCGGAGAAGAAAGUCGGUGCCAAAUCAUUGAAAAAUACGUGA